AUGGCAGAGGAGGCGGGCAAGUACACGAUCAAGAAUCCCAAGUCGGUCGGCCACUGCAAGGCACAGCCCUUGACUGGAGGCGUUACGCUUGAGGCGCGCGAGUGGGACAUCGAGGACAAGGAGUUUUACGAAAAGGAGGGCCUCAACAUCGCCACGCGCAACCUCUGGGCCUCCGUCCCGAACCUCCUCAUGGGCUUUGCCGUCUGGCUCAUAUUCAAGGUGGAGACCUGA